UACAAUAUUUUGCAGACACUAAUGACUAAUACGAGUAGUUCUGACAUAACAACCGGCAGUCGUAACCCUAGUAAUGGGAACGGCGGCGGUGUAGGGGGUGACCUAACACCACCGCCACCCCCUUCAUCACCACCGCACACACCGGUGCUAAUCAUACAACAUUCACAUUCAUUGGACUCGCUAUCAUCGCCACAGACCACACCGGCGGACACAUCGUCCGAAGGGGACGACUACUCGCUAAGCUCGGAGCCGACAAACACCAGCACCAGUACGGCCACCGGUGGGGCCGACAGUCUGGACAGGCGGUCGCCGGACUACCAGCGCCGCAAACAACAACAAAAACUGUUUUUCAUUGCACGGGAGCUGUACUCGAGUGAAGAGGUGUUCAUUGAUGUCCUACACCUGUUGAACACCGACUUCCGGGCGGCGGUUGAGCCCCAUAUACCCGAUGAGGCGCUCCAAUCCAUACUGAAAUUGUUGCCACAAUUACUACAAAUUAAUGAACAACUGGUCAAAGAUCUCAAGUCAAGGAUAGACGACUGGCCUAAUCAUCAGCGUAUAUCCGACGUUUUAGUCAAGAUAUGCCCAUUUCUCAAACAAUACUCGCUAUACAUACGGGACUUCGAGCACAUAUCGGCCGCGUAUGACGAGUGCCAGCGGCGGUACCCGGCGUUCGCCGCAGCCGUCAAAGAGUUUGAGUCGACCGCCCGGUGCCAGAAGUUAUCAGUCAAACACUAUAUGCUUAAACCAGUACAACGGCUGCCGCAGUAUAGGCUACUAUUGCAGGACUACUUACAGCACUUGGCGCCCGACUCGCUUGACUACGAGGACACGUGCCGUGCGCUGACCAUUGUGUCACAGGUGGCCGAACACGCAAACAACUCGAUGAAAAACAAUGAAAAUAUUAGCAAGUUGCUCAGCAUACAGAAUAGUAUUAUUGGCGGCACCGAGGUGAUUCGGCCCGGCAGGGUGUUCGUUAAAGAAGGCGAACUCAUGAAACUGUCCCGCAAAGGCAUGCAGGACAGGUGGUUCAUAUUGUUCAACGACUGUCUGAUGUACUUAACGGCUGUGCAAAACGGUGUGUAUCGCGUGAACCAUGAGCUGAGUUUGACGGGAAUGCGUGUCUCACUGCCCGCACAACAGGACUUUCAAAAUGAAUUCUCAGUCAUAUCUCACACCCGAUCCUUCUCUCUGGCGGCCCGCUCAAUGAAAGAACGGGAGGAAUGGGUUUUAGAGCUGAACAAAGCGAUCAAAGAAAACACUACAAAACGCAUAUCAUUUGCCAAAUCCGGUAGCGUAUGCAACGACGAGACGUUAAUCCCGGCGCUAGACUUGGGCACAGUGGCACCGGUAUGGAUACCGGACGCCCGGGUGACCAUGUGCCAACUGUGUACCGAGGAGUUUAGCGUAACCUACCGGCGCCACCACUGCCGAUGCUGUGGUAAAGUGGUGUGCGGCCCCUGUAGUCAAAACAAGGCUCCGCUACCCUAUCUCAAAAACCGUACGGCUCGGGUGUGCGACGAGUGCUUUGAAAAACUGCGGCAACAAAUGGAGAGACACCAGAAGCGUAUGAGUGCCGCCAGCGGUACGUCCCUCGACCUGUCGCUGAGCUCGGCGUCGGCCGCGACCGGUGCCGCCGCCUCGGCCUCCGAUACGGACGACUCCGGCUGGAGUGGCCUCCGAGAGUGGCCCCAACUCUUCGCCCGCAAUCUGGUCCGCAGCAGUCAUCGGAAGGCCAAACACCGAUACGUGCCGUCCGUAUUGAAAGAG